AUGUGGCCCUUGGGGCACCCCACUGCCUGGGUCGGGGGCAGUUUUGGUGGAGGACUGGGUCUUGAGCCCUACGACCGCUUCAUGUACAGCCACCUCCGCUACUACGGCUACUUUCCAGCCCCUGGGAUGCUGGAGCUGGUCCCCAGGCAGGGCAGACUGGUCCUGUCAGCACAGCACUGCAGGUCCCUGGGGAAGCCCCAGGCUCUCUUUGCCCUCUCCCCGGCGCAGGGACCCCUGCCUGCUCCCCGCUGGCCUGUGGAGUGUGAAGUCAUCAAGGAGAUGAUCGAGCACAUCGAGUGGGUCCCCCCUGAACCAGAGCCCUUCUGCCAGCCCCCAGACCAUGAGCUGGCCCUGGGCACCCUUGGCGAGGAGCAGGGCACUGUCGUCUACCACCUCAGUCCAGCACCCCAAGGCUCCUGUUUCACCCAUGCUCGGGCUGGGGGGGCCCCGGGCCCCCUCUCCUCACCGGCAGUCCCUUUGGAGGGUCCCCAGGACACCACACUGCUCUUCGAAUCCCGCUUCGAGAGUGGCAACCUCCAGAAAGCCGUCAAAGUGGGUCCCUACGAGUAUGUGCUGACGCUGCGGCCAGACCUGUACACUGCCAAGCACACUCAAGGGUUCUACUUUCGUGUCCAAAACACCCGGCGGGACCCUCUCUACCGCUUCACCAUCACCAAUCUGGUGAAACCCAAGAGCCUCUACAGCCAGGGCAUGCGCCUGCUGCUCUACUCCCAGCGGGACGCCCAGAACCGCGGCAUCGGCUGGCGCCGGGUUGGGACUGACAUCCGAUAUUACCGGGGUGGUGGUGGCAGGGAGGAACUGGCCACCUUCUGCCUCUCCUGGACCUCACGCUUCCCCCACGAUGGUGACACUUGCUUCUUCGCCCACUCCUACCCCUACACCUACUCUGACCUGCAGCGCUACCUGCGGGCGCUGGUGGCCGACCCGGUGCGCUCACAGCACUGCGCCGUGCAGCCGCUGUGCCGCAGCCUGGCCGGCAACACCAUCUUCCUGUUGACCAUCACCAGCCCUGCUGGCACGGCAGCCAAGAGGGUGGUGGUGCUGAGCGCCCGCGUGCACCCAGGGGAGAGCGGCGGCUCCUGGGCCAUGCAGGGUUUCCUCGAUUUCAUCCUCAGCGCCCACGCUGAUGCCCAGCUCCUGCGCCAGCUCUUCGUCUUCAAGGUGGUGCCCAUGCUCAACCCUGAUGGGGUGCUGGUGGGAGGGUGGUGGAGACAGUGGAUGUGUCCUGAUGCUCACAGGGUGCUGGCGGAGAGGGAGGUGGUGCUGUACUGCGACUUCCACGGGCACAGCCGGAAGAACAACGUCUUCAUGUACGGCUGGCGUGGCCGGGGGGGCGGGGCCACGCUGUGCCAACGCAUCUUCCCCCUGAUGCUGAGCAAAAACGCCACCGACAAGUUCUCCUUCCCCAGCUGCAAGUUCAAGGUGCAGAAGAGCAAAGCAGGGACAGGCAGGGUUGUCAUGUGGCACAUGGGUGUCUCCAACAGCUACACCAUGGAGGUGGCCUUCGGUGGCUCCACGCUGGGCGGAAGGAGCUCGCACUUCACUGUGGAGGACCUCAAGUCGCUGGGCUACCACCUCUGCGACACCCUGCUUGACUUCUGCGACCCCAAUCCUGCCAAGUUCCAGCAGUGUCUGUUGCAGGUGAAUGCGCUGCUGCGUCAGCGGCUGGGCCAGAAGCCGGGAGUCGGUGGUGGCUGGAGUGACAUCUCCCCCUCGGAGCUUGAGUCCAGGUGUGUCCCAGCCAUGCAGACUCGCAGAGCCCCACAGUGCCAGUGGGGGCUGCAGGCGCUCAUCAUCUUCCCCCACAGCACCAGCGGCUCCGACCAGCGGCUCCGACAGCUCUGUGUCUGA